CAUUUCUGAACAUUACGGAAUUUAAAUUCGAAACUAAAUUUGUUUCAUGAGUUUAUGAUAUGUAAACAAAUCAUCUUAUCUGAUGCGCUGGCUAUCACGUUACUGAUUAUCUUUCCGGUAUAUCCGAAACAAAUAUUGAAAAAGAGCUUCAUUUUUUAAAUUUAAAUUUUAAUUCUACCUUUAGCAAUUUGCAAACAAAAUUUAUCAACUAUGUUUCCUAGAGCUCCACAAAUUUUAGUAUCAUUAAGGAAAAGUCUGUUCAAUGAUUUAGCUUUUAGAUAUUAUAGUAAUUCUGCAACAAGACCAGUUUUACCUUCCAUUUCUUUUGAGCCUCAACCAUAUAAGGGACCAAACUACAAUGAUGUUAUUAAGUUAAGAAACUCAAGUAUUAAUCCUUGUGUUCAAUUAUAUUAUCGAGAACCAAUUAUGGUUAGUCAAGGCUAUAUGCAAUAUAUUUGGGAUCAUACUGGAAAAAGAUAUCUGGACAUGUUUGGUGGUAUUGUUACUGUGAGUGUUGGUCAUUGCCAUCCUAAAGUAACUAAAGCAGCUACUGAUCAAAUGCAUAAAUUAUGGCAUCUAACUAACUUGUAUUUACACCCCAAAAUGCAUGAAUAUGGCAAAAAACUCACAGAUCGUCUUCCUGGAGAUUUAAAGGUGUGCUAUUUUUGUAACAGUGGAUCUGAAGCUAAUGAUUUAGCAAUCCAACUUGCAAGACUUCAUACUGGUGCUUUUGACAUAGUAUCACUCAGAAAUUCAUACCAUGGAGCUACUCCUUAUUCUAUAGGAUUGUGUGGAAUAGGCACAUGGAAGCAUAGCUUUCCAAACAGCUUUGGUAUACAUCAUGCGAUGAAUCCAGAUCCUUACAGAGGCUUAUGGGGUGGAUCAAACUGCCGAGAUUCUCCUGUUCAAGCAGAUAGAAAAUGUUCCUGUGGAGUUAAUCAGUGUGUAGCUUGUGAUAUGUAUAUUGGCCAACUUGAAGAAUUGUUGUCUCAUUCUUUACCCAAAAAGAUUGCUGGAUUCUUUGCCGAAAGCAUUCAAGGAGUUGGUGGUACAGUCCAAUUUCCUAAAGGAUAUCUUAAAAAAGCAUAUGAAAUUAUUCGACAGCAUGGUGGUCUUUGUAUUGCCGAUGAAGUUCAGACUGGCUUUGGUAGAACUGGAAAAUUUUGGGGCUUCCUCCAGCAUGAUGUUAUGCCAGAUAUAGUUACUUUGGCCAAGGGCAUGGGAAAUGGAUUUCCAUUUGCUGCAGUCAUUACAAGAAAGGACAUCGCUGAUUCUCUGACUGAUGCUUUGACAUUUAAUACAUAUAGUGGCAAUCCAAUAGCUUGUGCUGCUGCAUCUGCUGUUCUUGAUGUUAUUGAUGAAGAAAAGCUAAUGGAAAAUAGUCAUCAUGUGGGAACUUACCUUUUGCAUUCAUUAUCUAAACUGAGGAGGAAGUAUGAAAUUGUUGGUGAUGUUCGUGGUAAAGGUUUAAUGAUAGGAGUGGAAAUGGUUAUGGAUAAGGAAUCCAAAAAGCCUCUCUCUAAAGAUAAAAUUAGUGCAAUUUUAGAAGAUGCAAAAGAGAUGGGUCUCUUGCUCGGAAAAGGUGGUUUACAUGGAAAUGUAUUCCGCAUCAAACCACCAAUGUGCAUUUCCAGAGCCGAUGCAGAUUUUUGCGUUUCUGUUAUGGAUAUUGCAAUUUCAAAACAAUCAGGAAUAUAACUAAAAUGAUGUAACUUUUUAUAAAUGUUUAAAAACUGUUACAUUUCUGAAAUAAUAA